AUGGACGGGCAGCCCCCGGCGGGCCCCGCCGCGCCGCGCUGGAGGCGGCGAGCGACCCCCCGCCCGCUGCCGCUCGCCUGGAGCAAGCCGCGGCCGCAGUCGUACCAGAGCCCCAGCGGAGUGCUCGUCACCGACUUCCCCGUGGAGGACAGGUGCGCCUUCCCCGCGACUCGGCCCGCCGGCACCGGCAGCCCCGCCAUGGGAUCGGUGUCCAACGGGACCGUGCGGCCGCCGGGCUCCCCCGCGCUGUCCCCGGAGCGGCGCUCCCAGCUGCUCGCCCUGCCACCGGACAGCCCCGUCGGUUCGACCGCCAACGGCACCGUCUCCCCGCCGGGCAGCGGGCAGGGCCGCCGGCCGCGGCCGCCCAGGACAGCGGGGCUGCCCGCGCUGGCCCCGCAGCAGGAGCGGAUCGUGUUCGGAGCCAGCGCUCAGCCCGCACCGUGCCCCCGGGCUGGUGAGCCCCCGGAGGAGCCGGGAGGAUCCCCUGGACGCGGCCCCCGGGCUGCCGGGCCCCCGGAGGAGCCGGGAGGAUCCCCUAGGAACGGCCGGGCUGCCGGGCCCCCGCAGGAGCCGAGCGGAUCGCCCCCCGCGCUGCUGAGCACGCACAGCCCCGCGGCGCGCAGGGUGGGCUCGCAGCAGCUGAUCCCCCGCAGCCUGGCCGAGGGCCGGCCCGCGGGCCGCGCCCAGGGCCACGAGCGGGGCCUCAAGGCGCGCAGCCUGGUGGAGACCCCCCGGCCGGCCCUGGGCAGCGACCCCGAGGACGAGCCCGAGGGCGGCCCGGGCGCGCUGCGGCGCGGGCUCCGCUCCACGUCCUACCGCCGGGCCGUGGUCAGCGGCGUGGACCUGGACGGCUCCGCCGAGUGCAAGAAGAAGAACAGAAUGUCCCAGCCCGUCCUGAAAGCGGUGGUUGAAGAUAAGGAGAAGUUCUCGAGCCUGGGGAGGAUAAAGAAGAUGCUGAAAGGACAAGGGACGUUCGAUGGGGAAGAAAAUGCUGUAUUAUAUCAGAACUAUAAGGAAAAAGCUCUGGACAUAGAUUCUGAUGAAGAGUCUGAGCCCCAAGAGCAGAAGUUGGAUGACAAGGUUGUUUUUCACUAUAAGCCCCUGAGGUCGACGUGGAGCCAGCUCUCUGUGGUGAAGAAGAACGGCCUGUCAGAAGCCAUCAGCCAGGAGGAAAGGAAGAGACAGGAGGCAAUAUUUGAGGUGAUCUCUUCUGAGCACUCCUACUUGCUGAGCCUGGAGAUUCUGAUCCGGAUGUUUAAAAAUUCCAGGGAACUGAGCCUCACAAUGACCAAAACAGAGAGCCACCACCUCUUCUCCAACAUCACGGAUGUUUAUGAAGCAAGCAAAAAGUUCUUUGAAGAGCUGGAGGCCAGGCACCAGAACAACAUUUUCAUCGAGGACAUCAGCGACAUCGUGGCGAGGCACGCGGGCUCCACCUUCGACCCCUACGUGAAGUACUGCACCAACGAGGUGUACCAGCAGCGCACCCUGCAGAGACUGCUAGCCACAAACCCAGCGUUUAAGGAGGUGCUGUCCCGGAUCGAGUCCCACGAGGAUUGCAGGAACCUGCCCAUGAUCUCCUUCCUCAUCCUCCCCAUGCAGAGAGUCACUCGUCUGCCCUUGCUGAUGGAUACUAUUUGCCAGAAGACUCCCAAGGAUUCAGCAAAAUACGAGAACUGCAAGCAGGCUCUGAAGGAAGUCAGCAAGCUCGUGCGUCUGUGCAACGAGGGCGCCCGCAAGAUGGAGAGGACGGAGAUGAUGUACACCAUUAACUCCCAGCUGGAAUUCAAAAUCAAGCCGUUUCCAUUGGUUUCCUCUUCUCGGUGGUUGGUGAAAAGGGGUGAAUUAACAGCAUAUGUAGAGGACACUGGACUUUUUUCCAAAAGAACCUCUAAGCAGCAGGUGUACUUCUUCCUCUUCAAUGAUGUCCUCAUCAUCACCAAGAAGAAGAGUGAGGAGAGCUACAACGUGACCGGCUACUCGCUGCGGGAGCAGCUGCUGGUGCUGCCCUGCGACGGGGACGAGCCCGGGCCCGGCUCCUCUCCGGGCCGGAGCGCCCCGGGGAUGCUGCACCCGGGCCGGAGCGCGGCCUCGCACCUCUUCAGGCUCCUGCUGCUCUGCAACCACGCCGGGGACAGGGUGGAGAUGCUCCUGGGGGCGGACACGCCGAGCGACAGAGCCCGCUGGAUCACGGCGCUGGGCCAGGACAGCGACAGGCAGCACACGGACAGGACCACCCUGGCUCAGGUGGAGACCAUCAGGACGUACACAGCCAAGCAGGCCGAUGAGCUCUCUCUCCAAGUCGCUGAUGUGGUUUUGGUUUAUCAAAAAGUGAAUGACGGCUGGUACGAGGGGGAGCGGCUGCGGGACGGCCAGAGGGGCUGGUUCCCCUCGGAGUGUGCCAAGGAGAUCACCUGCAGGGCCACCCUGGACAAGAACAUGGAGCGCAUGGGGCGCCUGCUGGGGCUGGAAACCAACGUGUAGCCG